CGGCUUGCCAUAAAGGACAGAGCCCGUCCAACUGAAGGACUGUGUAGUUCGAGAGAGCUGACGGGUUGAGUUCAGACGCAGGCAUGAUGGACCGCUGUAGGUGUUGCGUGCUGGUGGCCGGCUGUGCCAUUAUCGUCCUGGCUGUCGUGGUCGGGGAACCGGUGGACUUCAAGUACCAGUUCAUUAAUGACUGCAAGACUGCGCAGGAAGAAAGUACCUGUGAGGAUGUCUGGAGUGCCUUUGAGCAAGCGUACGUGGGCAAGGAUCCCAGCAAGGUCCUGCCGGAGGCCUACGAUGACCUGCUGUCCGUCGCACCUCCGCUGCCCAAGUGCAACCAGAUGUUGUUUUGGAGUGGGACCAGUGAGGUGGCCCACCAGGUGGCAAAGGGCUGUUACCAGACGCUGGAGGACACAUUGCUGGGAUCUGUACUGGAUGGUAAAAAGGAAUGGUGUGGGAAGAUGGGGAGCAAAGAUACUUUCACCUCUAGUUGUGCGUCUGGCUUAGAGAAUAACCCGUACAAAUCCUUCUGGAGCAGAGUGUCUACUGAGUUUGCAGCGGUUGCCUGCGGAAAAGUUGUCGUCCUGCUCAACGGCGACGAACUAAACCCCUUCUACCCUCAAAGUUAUUUUGCCCUAUUCGAAGUCGGGAAUUUCAAACACGGCGGUGCGAAAGAAGUGGAGAGUCUCACUGUCGUCCUGGUAACCAAGAACGAAGUUGGGGAUAAGUGUGACAAUACAUCUUUAAUGGACUUAAAGAAGAAACUCAAACCUGGAAUCAAUUACAUUUGCAAGACGGUGACAAAGUCUAAGCUCAUCAAAUGGACGAAGGAACGUGGCAAAUCCUGUAAACCCUGCUGGUGAAGCCCUCAUCUGCUCGUCCUUAGAGUGGUGGAGGGAUGACGUAUGUUGGCCAACCCGGAAGUGAGCGUCG